AUGAUCCGGCCACGUCAUGCGGUAGUAUCACCGGAUGUUUGCAGGCGUUACGAUCAACAUCAAAGGCUUAUCGCUCGAAGUCGACGUAGCACGAGCUGUUCGUCGUCUGAAGCCUCGGAUGAUGAGGAGGGUAAGCGGUUAUCAUUGCUGGGAUCCAAGUAUUGCGGCAGAAAGCCAGAUAACGACAACGAUCCAGAUGAUGGUGCCGGUGGUCAAGGCGGAGUGAGUGGAGCUGGAAGCGGAGGGGUCAAUGAAGCGGGAGGGUCUGGUAUGACCUACUGCAAGCCGAAUAGCCAUUCGGGUGGAGAUUCGGCGCACGAACGUAGAUCUGGUGGGGCUACAGAUGCUCCAACUAGUCAACAGCAUCUUUUCCCCAUACCUGAAAUGACCCAUUUGGAUAAUGAUAAUGGAGAUCGACUUCGAGCCAAGCUUCUGCAUCGAUCCCAUACAGCCGAGCGGAUAGCUCGUAACUGGGCUACGGUUUUUGCCCAUAGUUACGUUCGUGAGAUCUCCUGCUUUGGGACUCCUCCUCGCGAUAUGGACUUAUUUCCUACUGAUACGAAACGAAAUGGUGUUAGUGGUUGGAUUCAUAGUUUGAAGAGGACACGGUCUGACGACAGAAUACCACAGACUGAAUGCGUGGAUGCUGAAAGCCUGGGCGACUCGGUUUUCGAUGCCCCUAUGGACUCAGCUGAUUCAUCAAGAGGAGCUGAAAUAGAUCGGGAAAGCGAUUCUGGCUGUUCCAGUGAAAGAGCAGCAAAGAAUGCUGCUAAAGAAGAUACUUUGAAGGCUGCUUAG